ACACCAAUUCUAAUAUACUGUUGACCGUUAGUUAGUCUAGUAGCGAGGAAAAAGGUCGAGAAAAAAAGUCAAAAAUGGGCACAUCAAACUUAAAAACUGAAAACAGGUCCACGUCUCCUUCGGUAGAGUUACGUCCCAACAACACCACGACGCGCUCCAACCUUUGAUGUAACCGACACGUCAUUCUCCGUGCUAAAAUAGCCGUUUACACUUCCUUUGUACUCGUCGUUAUUAAUUUCACAACAACCAACCAACCAUGGCUGCCGCCGUGACUGAGAAAAUUAUGUCGCCGUCGCCUCCGCCGUCGCAGCACAUGCAUCUCUCGCCUUCCACUUCCCGGCGUGGCCUCGACGCCGCCUUCGAUACUGAUGCUCUCGAUCGCCGCCCUUCCCUUGAUCUUUCCUCUUCUUCUUCCCCUAGCCCUUCACGAUUAUCUGAUGCUCAGAAUCAGCUGUUUGUGAGGAGUGAAGAGUAUCGACAACUGUUCCGUUUACCACCCGAUGAACUUAAUCUUGUAAGACAACAAACAAAUUGCGAAACUAGAACUAUCAAAAUUCCUUUUGGCGUGGUUAUAGAAUAUAACUUCUCCGGCUAUGUGCAAACAAAAACUGGUCCCAAGUUGGAACAAAGAAAGAGCGUUGUACACAGAGAAGCUCUUUUGACUCCGGACAAUCUCAGGAAGAGGGGAAUGCCACUUUGUUCAAGAUGCUAUUUGGGUGGGCAGGAUGCAAAGACAAUCAAUAUCUAUUUUCACACUGCAGGAUUGCUAGUCAACUGUGGUAUUUGUCCAUCAAUCUUAGAGGCAUUAGAUGGACAAUGCCAGGUAGAUCUUCUGAUGUGUCGACAAGCUGGAACAAAGAAGGAACUUUAGCUGAAACAAAGACAUAUGGAAAAUUGUCCCUGAAAGCAUCUGGUGGGCAGUAUGGAAAGAGAGGAGUUCAAGUUGUUUUGAAGAUAGGCGCAGUUUCUUACAGCAGAUUAAGAUUGAUUAUGUUCUUCUUUUUAGUUUAUGGGUAAAUCUGAAUAUAUAGAUGAUGCUGAGGCUAUCCUAUAUGUGCUAGAUUCCUUGUAAUAAGAUCAAGGUUUUAUUUUGGUUUUUAA